UUGGCGUGCGUGACUGUGACUGUAGCAGCCAUAAAGUAUGGCCAUGUUUUAUUAGUGUGACGAGGUUAGCUGUGCACGCUUGUAACUCAGGGGGAUCAGAGUCCAUUUCAGUAAUAACGGAAUGGGUUUAACACUACUUCACACAAACAAUGUAUCCUGUACCACUACAGCAUAAAAGUACUGUGCAUCAUGUAAGAGCAGAAUGCACGUGCAAAAGUACUAAUUAGAGGAGACCGCGGUCAUUAAUGCAUUCCUGUCAAAGCAACCAGUCAUUGUUGACUUUGACCUGUGGCCAGGCCCAGAAGAAGUUGAUCAACUCUGUUGACUGCUGUGUGGAUGAGGCUCUCUGUGGCUUUGUCAGGGCCAAUGGAGGUCUGUCCCUGCUGAAGGGCCACAGAGUUGUGCUUCGGUCGGACCUGGAAAACCUUAGAGGCAAAGUGGCCCUGGUGUCUGGAGGGGGGUCGGGCCAUGAACCGGCACACGGGGGGUAUGUGGGGGCAGGUAUGCUGUCAGCAGCUGUCGCAGGGGGAGUAUUUGCAUCUCCACCUCCUGCCAGUAUUCUGGCUGCCAUCCUCUGCUUGCACAAUGCAGGAGCCUCUGGGGUCCUCCUCAUAGUGAAGAACUACACCGGCGACCGUCUCAACUUCGGACUGGCUGCAGAGCAGGCCCGUAAUCACGGCAUCGCUAUCGACAUGGUGGUGGUGGCAGAGGACUGUGCCUUUGAACGGCCCAGUAAGGCAGGCAGGAGAGGCCUGUGUGGCACUGUGUUCAUUCACAAGUUGGCAGGAGCUUUGGCAGAAGAAGGCUCCUCACUGGACAAGAUAGUGUCCAAAGUGACAGAGGUCUUGAAAGGAAUUGGGACACUGGGAGUGAGUCUGUCUCCAUGCAGCGUCCCAGGCUGCCUCCCUUCAUUUGACCUGCCACCAGGAGACAUGGAGCUGGGACUGGGAAUUCAUGGUGAACCUGGAAUCAAAAGAUCCAAGGUGGCAUCUGCAGAUGAGGUGGUGAAAACCAUGCUUGAUAAUAUGACCAACCCUGACAGUCAGUCACAUCUGCCUCUGAAGUCAGGAGACAGCGUGGUUGUGUGCGUGAACAACCUUGGAGCUCUGUCUCGUCUGGAGAUGGGAGUGGUUGCUAGAGCAGCUGUCAUUUGUCUGGAGGACCGCGGGCUGGUGGUUGCCAGGGUGAUGUCUGGAUCCUUCAUGACAUCACUGGAGAUGACUGGAGCGUCCCUGACCGUGAUGAAAGCCAAUGAGGAAACACUAAGACUGUUUGAUGCUAAGACUACUGCCCCCUCCUGGCCCAAUCUCAGCAAAGCAUGUGUAACAGGACGCAGCUACUUGUCUGAACCUCCGACCAUGAACACACGGCCGCAAGAGGGCACAUAUUCUGAAGGGCCACUGAGUGCUGUGUUGCGUCAGGUGUUAGAGGCGGUUUGUUCCACACUGUUAGAAAAACAGGAGGAGCUCAACUCCCUGGAUCGAGCUGCUGGGGAUGGAGACUGUGGGAACACUCAUGCACAAGCUGCUAAAGUUAUUAGGGAGUGGCUGCAGAGUCACGUGGUCCCUGGUUGCCCUGGGCAACUGUUGUCAGUCCUGGCUGGAUUGGUGCAGGAGAAGAUGGGCGGGUCUUCAGGGGCGUUGUACAGUUUGUUUCUGACUGCUGCAGCUGGACAUGUGAGCGAGGGGCGGAGCAACCCUGCGGCCUGGGCCAGUGCAAUGCAUGCUGGGACACAGGCAAUGAGAAGAUAUGGUGGUGCAGACCCUGGAGAUAGAACAAUGCUGGAUGCUCUGUGUCCUGCUGUGGAGGAGUUAAUGAAGUUACCUACAGCUCCCACUGGUGGACACUUGGUGAUACUACAGGCUGCUGUACAGAGAGCGGCUUCUGGAGCGGAGGACACUCGUCACCUUACAGCGCAGGCAGGCAGAGCUAGCUACAUUGCAGCUGAGCGCGUCACCCUGCCCGACCCAGGCGCGGUGGCGGUAGCGGCUAUUUUGAGAGCUGUCGUGGAAGUGCUAGAGGGUCAGUAAGUAACGUAGCAAGGGGGAGAAAAGGACCAGAGAGAGCAGGCUGAGCCGAGCAGAGCUGCUCUACGAUGACACAACAACUUACACAGAGAGCAAUGAGUCGCUCAUCUGACAAACAGAACAAAGCAAAAAUACAUGUUGUUUAUCUGCCAAAAUGAGUAAUAAAUUAUAAGGUAGUGCCCAAGAAGACAAUAUAAUUACAUAACUGUAAUUCUGUUUUUGAUUUGCCCUUUUUUAUUUGAUAAAUGUACGACUGACUCACCAAUACA